AUGCAUCUGAACGUUCCAAUACCGCGUGGCUGGGAUGCCACCGCGAGCGCACUUCAACCUCGAGAAACGCCAUCUAGCAACGGUGGUGGGGGAACCAAUAAUACAAUUGUCUUUAUUGUCAUCGGUAGCAUUGCCGGUGUAGUGGUAGCCAUUACUUUGGCUGUUUGCAUAACGAAGGCGCGACAGAAGAAGAAGAAGAAGCCGACAGAAAGUAAAAAGAAGGGAGGCUUUCUUGAACGAAUAAGAGGUCGAUCGGGGCAGGGCAAUUACGAACAGACAGCAGGUGAAGAUGGCGGGGAGAGUGGAAGACAAUCACAUCAGCUCGAUCCCACUUCUACUUCAACCAAUAACCGACAGAGUCGCAACGGUACCAACGCUGGUGCAACCGUCGACCGAAAUACUUCCGUCCGCUCUGUGCUUACAUUGCCGGCGUAUCGACAGAGCGCAAGCCAUAACGAAAGGGUCCUGGGACGAGAAGGCGAGCGAGAUGGCGUGGACGUGAUCAUCGACCUGCCAACUGCAGAGGCAGAGGAAGAAGCGCGAAAUGAAGAAAUGGAGACUCUCUACCAGAUCAGACUGGCUCGACGACAAGCCCUCGCCGAGCGUGAGGAGCGUAGAGAGCGACGCCGCGAGGCACGGCUCAGAAGCGACUAUCGCGAGCUUGAGGCGAUCAGAGCUGAGACUCGUGCUGCAAACGAGGACAACACUAUUACCGAACUACGAACGACUGUGGACCAGAUCAAGGACAACAGGCAGAGAUCUGUGUCAAGUGUAUCAUAUGCAGACGUAGGUGUUGCACGGCAUGACGGAACGAGAAUCAGAGCAAACAGUAGCGAGAGUGAGCGUGUUGGCCUGCUCUCCGAUGCUGCAAGCAUGCAGUCAGGACAUCAACGGGGGCGCAGCUAUAGCUCUGCUGCUAGUCAUGACGACGACUUCGCAAGUCUGGCCCCUACACGUUCCCAAGGAGCUUCUAUCCGAUCAGGCAGUGCAGAUGGCAGAGCUGGCUCGAGUCCUGAGUUGGUCGAAGCAGAUCUUGGUGAAGAGGCGAUGCCGCCUCCCGAGUACGAGGACAUACCACUCACUGAUGACCGAUCCUCGAAUCACGGUCCCCCGCCUGAGUAUCCCGGCCCCGAACGUUCCUCAUCGCAGAGAACGCAGCGAACUACGGAGCGGGAUCUCGGGUCAGAUUGGCAUGAGAUGGACCCAGCUUCAGAUGGACAAAUCAACAGCCCACCAAGCGGUCAAAGUAAUGGUAGCGCGCCUCAACUCCCCAGCUUAAGAAUACCGCAACUCCCCGAGAUCGUGAUCGAACCAUCAAGCGCACAUCCACGAGACGACGAGCAACGAUCACCACACCGAUGA